AUGGAGGAAAAUUUGCUCUCCCUCACUCUCCUUUCACCGCUGCUCCUCCUGCUCUGCUCCAUCCCACUGUGGCUACUGCUACGCCCUCGGCCGAGUCCUCCUCGAGGAUGUCGCCGACUCGGUCUAGCAGAAGGCGAAAGCAAUCUUCACGAUGAAUACGACCCUAAAUACAGCCAGGGAAUCCCAAGGACACAGCGAGAGGGCGGUCAACCAUCCUGGCGCGUGAAAGCCCUUUUCACCUAUCCGCUCAAAUCAUGCGGAGGCAUCGAACUCUCCCAAUCCGAUGUCGUGCCAACCGGCCUCAAAUUCGACCGCCAAUUCGUUCUCGCUGAAAAUGGCCCCGACGGAUGGAACACUCGCACUCUCCGCAACGCGGGCUUCCAGCGAAUGGCUCUCAUUCAUCCGGAGAUCUGGAUUCCAUGCCCCUCGGUGCCAGACUACGAUCCCUCCCUUCCAGAGGUGAAAUCGCAAGGCGUGAUGCUCAUCUCUUACCCACGCAUCACGCCGGCAGGUCCAGCCGGUCUAUUUAUGAGUAUCGCAAUGUCUACCGGGAUCCUCUCUGCGCGGCAUACAUUCCGCAGGACAGCAGCAGCGGCAUCAACUACCCCCCUAACGCCCGUCAAAAUCUGGAAAGACAACCCACUAGCCCACGACUACGGCAUCCAUCUCCCGGAAGCACUACACAAAUACCUCGGCUUCGACCCAGCAGCCAGCCCACUAACCCUCUUCCGCUCCAGCACAACCCACACCCGCCAAAUCUACCGCAACGCACCCCGAGCCGAAGAAAUUGGCUUCCAACCAACCACCGCCUUCGCAGACGCCUAUCCAAUCCAUUUACUAAACAUGUCCAGCCACCAUGACGUCGCAAGACGAUGCGCCUACGCAAUCCCAAAUCUAAGCAUAUCGCGCUUCCGCGCUAAUAUCAUCAUCCAGGGUCCUGAGGCGUUUGCCGAGGAUCAUUGGAAAAGAAUCGACAUCGCAGGCGUGGAGAUUCAUGCUGCUUGUCGGACUGUGCGGUGUCGGUUGCCGAAUGUUGAUCCGGUUACUGGAUUGCGGCAUUCGUCUGAGCCGGAUAAGACGCUUAAGGCUUAUCGGAGGAUUGAUGAGGGGGAUCGAACGAAUGCUUGUCUUGGUAUGCAGCUUGUUCCGGCGUUGCCGGAGUUUGUGAUUAGGGUUGGUGAUGAGGUGGGUGUUUUGGAGACGGGGGUUCAUCGGUAUAUUAAGAUGUUGGCUCCGGGAGAGAAGGUUGAGGGGGUGUGA